AAAUACAACCAAAACAAUAGCUUUCCACCAUUGCCGGGGAAAAUGGCUCGUGGUCAGACAUGGAGUGAAGAGGAGGUAAAGACCCUCAUAAAAAUAUGGUCAGACGAAAAUGUAUUGCAAUUACUGCUGACUACUCACAAAAACAAACAGGUUUUCAAGCUAAUUAGUGGGGACAUGGAGGCUCUGGGGUUCCCCCGCACAGCGUCACAAUGCCGCACCAAGGUAAAAAAACUUCGCCAACAAUACGUAAAAAUACGCAACAUGCUUAGGAACAACUGCAGCGCUGACGACGCGAAGGAGCAGUUUCCCUGGUAUGAUGAACUGGAUGCCAUGCUUGGCAGUCUGCCGAUAAGCAGCCAGUAUGUUUUGGAUUCCUGCAAGGAAGAGCCUCUGUCGCCAUCCAGCCUGGAGCCGAGCGACUCCGAAUCCACAACGCAGGACCAGGACUCGGAAAGAAGGACAGAUAAAAGUGGCGCCGACAUUAAAGUUGAAGAGCCGCCCAUCACAAUCUCCCUGCUGGAUGAAGAAAGGAGCCCACCAGAAGUGGCUGUACCCGGCGCUCAGAAAAGAAAGCGAGAUACAAAGACUGAUAAGUUUGAGAAAAUGUUUGUGAGCUAUCUGGAUGAGAAGAGAAAAAUGGAUGAGGCUGAAUGCGAAAGAAUGAAGCAGGAGCAAGCCUCUUUUGAGAACUUCUUAAAAAUGCAGCAAGAAGCUGAAGAAAGGCGUUUCCAGUUAAUGCAAGAGCAGCAGAAGGCCAACAGUGAGAUGUUCUUUCAGAUGAUGUCUAGUUUCCUUCAUGCUGCAGUUCCCCAAUCCAUGACUCCAUCUACCCUGCAGCAGUCGAUGGCCCCUCCUCCAGUCACACCUCCAUUGUGCCCCUUUCCACUUACUCACCACACUGCAAACUCAUCUUUGUUCAAUGGCCAUCAGCCAUUGAACAAUGCAGAGAUGGCAACCACAUCUCUGCAUUCAACAUCUUCUGAUUCUGGUGACGUCAACAGAGAUGUCUUGGAGUUUAGUUCAUAAUAUUGAAAAAAGGCCAAAUUACUCUUUUGUGAUGGUAUCUGUUAACUGUUUUAUUAUAUCAAAACAGUUUGAAUGACCCAUGUAAAAGUUAUUCAAAGAUACAUAUUUUAUUUUUUAGAAGAAUGUGAAUAAAAAGGGUGAGCAUUCAA